AUUACAGUUCAAUUGAGAGUCCCAACGAGCGGUGCGUUCGAUUCUUCCUCGAUGCUGCAGACUCAGCGGCACUGCCCUCGGAAAUAUCCCGACAAUGAUGGUUGUCGACAGAUGAAGCGUCGGCGCGGUCUCCAAUCCAUCCGAUGAAUUCCCUGGCGCCGCAUCGGGGGCCUCAAGUGUCACGUUGAAUAGAAGCUCGAACGUCACGUUAAACGGUGCAUCGAUCGUGUCUCUCUCUCUCUUACCUCGGAACUGGAAUUUCAAGCGAGCUCAACCGUUGGGGUUUAAUAAUUAUUCCGAGUGCAUCAGAGCCGCUCGGGCCCACUUGGACCCAUUGUUCGGCGUGUCAACGACAACAGGAAAGACAUGGCCGAUAUCAUUAUCGGGUCGUCGGCUUCGAUCGUCGCUACGGUCGUCGUGCAUCCGAUCGACGUCGCCAAAGUCCUCAUACAGAUGCAGGGCGAGCUCAAACGGCGUGGACAAUAUAUGGUCUAUUACAGGAGCGUUCCUCACGCAGUCAUUCAGGUCGCCAAGUAUGACGGAAUCCGGGCCGUCUACCGAGGAAUAAUACCUGCAACGUUCUAUCAACUCACAUCUCAGGGACUCCGGCUCGGCCUUUUCCAAACGAUCGAAGAAAGAGGCCUGACCCUGGACGAGGAUAUGGAAGCCUCAGUUCCUCUCAGCGCUCUAUCCGGAGCCUUCUGCGGAGCGGUGAGCUCCUUCGUCGCCAGCCCGUUGUUCAUGGUGAAAAAUUACAUGAUGAUCCGAUCCUCGAGCGAAAUCGCGGUUGGUCAUCAGAGGAACUACUCGAGUAUGCUGCACGCACUCAAGGACAUUUACUCCACUCAUAGACUCCGUACGGGUCUCUGGAGAGGAACUGUCUCCAACAUGUUACGGACCGCCGUCGGUUCUUCGCUACAGCUGAGCACUUUCGUCGGCAUGAAAAAUGUACUUUUUAUGUCGGUGGACUACAACGAAAGGUUCAUGCUGAUAAACACCUUGCUCGCGGCUCUGGUUUCGUCGCUGAUCACCUCGCCGAUCGUAGCCUCUCUGGAUCUCAUUCGCGCCCGCAUAUACAUUCAGCCUCUCAAAGAGAAUGGGCGUGGACAAUAUUACAAAGGUAUCUGGGAUUGCGCAAAACAGAUCCGAGCAAACGAAGGCUUCGCUGGUUUCUGGAAAGGCAGCACAGGAGCCUUCAUGUACGUGCUCCUCACGUCGAUGAUCACGCUGGUUUCCUGGGACGAGCUGAAGCAUGUUCGCCACGAAAGACUCAAUUCCCGUGAUUACGUGAUCGAUUUUGGAUACCAAUGA